GGGAGGGGAAGAUGGCGGCGGAGGGGCUUUGGGGGAUUUUAUAAUGCCCAAAAUUUGAGGAAUUUCGUGAUUGGGCGAGGGGGAGAUGGAAGGAGCAGCAGCGGCCAAUGAGGGAGCAGCGCCUCGCGGGGGAGCAAAUGAGGACAAAGAGGCAGAGGAAGCGGCGGCCAAUCAGCAGCGAGAUGCGGGAUCGGCAGCAGCCAAUGGGAACGUGCCGCUGAAGGGCUCUGCCAAUGAGAGGACGAGGAGCUGUGGUUUACCCAAUCAGGACGCAGAGACGCGAGAGGCGACCAAUGGCGGUGAGGACCCACAGGCGGCCAAUGAGGACACAGGACACAAAGCCGCGGCCAAUCUGAACACAGCACACAAAGCCCCAGCCAAUGAGAACCCUGCGCCCAGCCCCGCAGCCAAUCAGCAGCAAGCCCCGCCUCCCCAGCACCGGGCGGAUGACUUGGCGCCAUUGGCGGCCGCAGCCAAUCAGGCGCGAGAGCCCUGGGAUUGGUCGCUGGAGGAGGCGUGGCUUAGGACGCCCGAGGGGGAGGGGCUUGAGACUUGGGGGGUGGAGCUUGAAGCCUUUGAGGCGGAGCCUGACGAGGAGGAGGCGGAGCUCGACGCUUUGGAGGCGGAGCUUGUGCGCCGUGGGCCUGUGGCACAGGGGGCGGAGCUUAUAACCCAGGGAGUGGCAGUUAAACCACAGGGGGCGGAGCUUAAAGCACAGGGGGCGGAGCUUAUAACCCAGGGAGUGGCAGUUAAACCACAGGGGGCGGAGCUUGAGCCGUGUGCUGUCAAUCCAAAGGACCCGGGGGCGGGGUUUGAAGCCCAGGGGGCGGAGUUUGAAGCCCAGGGGGCGGGGUUUGAAGCCCAGGGGGCGGGGUUUAAAGCCCAGGGGGCGGGGUUUGAAGCCCAGGGGGCGGAGUUUGAAGCCCAGGGGGCGGGGUUUGAAGCCCAGGGGGCGGAGCCAUCCCCUCCUAACCCCGUUUCGGGCGCGUGGCAGCCGAGCCCGGACGGCGCCUGGUGGAAGCUGCGCGCUCGGCGCGGGCGCGGGCUGGCGCGGCCGGGCCCCGGCUCGCUGUGCCGUGUCCGGCUGCGGGUGCCGGUGUCCGGCCGUUGUCCCUGGGGCGCUCCGGCCGUGCCGUGCGGCCGCUGGCUGAGCGUGCGGCUGGGCGAGGCCGAGGGCCGGUGGUCAGCGCUGCUGGACGCGGCGCUGGAGACGAUGGCGGCGGGCGAGCUGGCGUGGCUGCGGCCGCGCGGCGAUGAUGAUGACGGUUCCACCGCGGUGCUGCUGGUGCGGCUGGGCCGCUUCGCACCGGCGCCGCCGUUCUGGGCCGCGCCGCCGGCCGCCCGCUGGCACGCGGUGGAGGCCGGGCUGGCACGCGGGGCGGCGCUGGCGGCGAACGGGCAGGACUUUUCGGCUGUUCGGGCCUUGGCGCGGGCGCUGCGUCGCGCCGUGGCGGCCGCGGGCCCGGCGCCGCUGCCCGAGCGCGCGGCCGCGCCUCAAGGCCGAGCUGCACGCGGCGCUGGCGGCGGCGCAGCUGCGCUGGGCCGGCCCGCGGCGGCGGCCGGCAACGCGGGGCGCGCGCUGGCGCUGCGGCCGGCGCACCUGGAGGCCAGGUACGCGCGGGGCGUGGCGCUCGCCGCCAUGCGGGACCUGGAGGCGGCACGGCAGGAGCUGCUGGCGGUGCUGCGGGCACGGCCCGGCCACGGCGGCGCCCGGCGGGAGCUGGGCAGGGUCAGAGGGGCCGCCCGGGAGAGGGACGCGCAGCUGGGGGCCCGGCUGGGCAAGAUGUUCGCUUAAUUAGCGGUAAUUACUGUUAAUUAGCGGGAAUUGGCGUUAAUUUGUGUGAUUUUGGGGGGAAAAUAGGGAUAAUUACAGGGGAAUUAUGGUGUGAGGGGCCGUCCGGGAGAGGGACGCGCAGCUGGGGGCCCGGCUGGGGAAAAUGUUCGCUUAAUUAGCGGUAAUUAGUGUUAAUUAGCGGGAAUUGGUGUUAAAUGGCGGGAAUUGGUGUUAAUUUGUGUGAUUUUGGGGAAAAUGAGGUUAAUUUUGGGGUUAAUUGGGGCAAUUAUUGUGUAAGGGGCCACCAGGGAGAGAGACGUGCAGCUGGGAGCCAGGCUGGGCAAGAUGUUCGCUUAAUUAGCGGUAAUUACUCUUAAUUAUAGAUAAUUGGUGUUAAACGGCAGAAAUUGGUGUUAAUUUGUGUGAUUUUUGGGAAAAUUAUGGGGGUUAUUGGGGGUGAUUAGGGUCUGAGGAGCAGCCAGGGAGAGGGACGCGCAGCUGGGGGCCAGGCUGGGCAAGAUGUUCGCUUAAUUAGAGAUAAUUAGUGUUAAUUAGUGGGAAUUGGUGUUAAUUUAUGUGAUUUUGGGGAAAAUGAGGUUAAUUAUGGGGGUUAUUGGGGUUAAUUAGGGUCAGAGGGGCCGCCCGCGAGAGGGACGCGCAGCUGGGAGCCCGCCUGGGCAAGAUGUUCACUUAAUUAGCGGUAAUUAGGGUGGAACGGCGGGAAUUGGCGUUAAUUUGUGUGAUUUUUGGGAAAAAUGAGGUUAAUUAUGGGGGUAAUUGGGGGUAAUUAGGGUCUGAGGAGCAGCCAGGGAGAGAUCUAGGCUGGAUAAGAUGUUCGCUUAAUUAGCGGUAAUUAGGGUGGAACGGCGGGAAUUGGUGUUAAUUUGUGUAAUUUUGGGGGAAAUUAGGGUUAAUUAGGGGGGAAUUAUGGUGUGAGGAGCAGCCAGGGGAGCUGGGUGCCAGGCCGGGGAAAAUGUUCGCUUAAUUAGCGCUAAUUAGUGUUAAUUUGCAGUAAUUACUGUUGUUUUGGGGAUAAUUAGGGUUAAUGAGGGGGUAAUUGGGGGUGCCCCAGGUGUUAAAGGGAAGUCGUUAAUGAGGGUGGGGACGGAUCCGUUUUUGGAGGUUGUUAAUUACGAAUUAGCGCGAUUACGUUCCUUAUUAGGACUGUAUUAAUUAGUAAAAUUAUGCUAAAAUUA